AUGACAGAUUACGUAAAACCACCUGUGGAUCCUGACCUAGUAAAGUUUACUGAGAAAAAUGAUUAUGAUGCUCUUGCUAAGUACUUGGUCGGUAACAACUACCGCUAUCGUGAAAACAUAAUAAUUCCAAGAAUUUUGGGACCCAUAGUUAUAAAAACAAAUGAAGAGAAAAUGAUAGAAGCCACAGUUGAAAGUUGUCCAUUUAAAUCCAUAACUAGUUGUAUCAUAGGUUAUGGACUUGGUGCAGCUGUUGGUUUAUUCACAUCCUCCCUUAUGCCAAAUGUAACAGACCCAACGGCACAGCAAAAUCAAACGGCUAGGGAAAUAUUGAGAGAGAUGAAAAGUUCUAUGCUAAGUUAUGCCAAAAAUUUUGCCAUUCUUGGAGCUGUAUUUUCUGGUGUGGAAUGCUGUAUUGAAAGUGCUAGGGGAAAAUCAGAUUGGAAGAAUGGGACAUAUGCAGGUGGUGUUACUGGAGGACUUAUUGGAUUAAGAGGUGGACUCAAAGCUGGAUUGUUUGGAGCUGCCGGUUUCGCUGCCUUCUCUACUAUAAUUGACUACUAUAUGCAUCAACGGGGAUCUUAA